AUGCUUGGUGCAUUCACAUUUGGAUAUGUUCUUGGCUAUCCAUCCCCUGUUGUUCCAGAAUUACAAGAUACUUACAACAUUUCUGAUCAUGAAUCAUCAUUUUUCAAUUCAGUAUCAUCAUUAUUAGCUAUUGCAGGUCCAUUCGUUUCUCAUGGUUUAACAAAAAUCACUACACGUAAAUUAUCAACAUUCAUCAUUUCAAUUUGCGGUACAGUCUUUUGGGCUUUAUUAUUGGUUAUGAACAAGAAGUUGUUAUGGUUUGGCAUAGUCCUUAGAGGCCUCUUAGGAGUUGUCAUGGGCGCUUAUUCAUCAAUUAUUCCAAUGUACAUUGUCGAAAUCGCACCGGAAGGCCAUACAGCAUUCUUUGGUACACUUAAUAACCUUGGUAUCAGUAUCGGUCUUGUUGUCCUCUACUUAUUAGGUAAUUGGCUCAAAUGGAGAGUUCUAACAAUCAUUGGUGCAUGCAUUUGUGCAUUACUUGCCUGCCUUAUUUGGUUUGUCAAGGAUUCGCCUGUAGAUACAAAAGUUGAAGAUGACAAUAUCGAUAAUUUGAGUAGUGAAAAGGAAGUUGAAAACAAAUCAGGCGAAGAAGUUAAAGAUAACAAUUCAAAUGAAUCUGAAUCAUCACCAGAUAUCAAAAUCACUGAAGGAAAGAAUUCUGAUGCAGAAAAUCCAAAUCCAUCAUCCAAGAAAGGUAUUUGCCAGAAAAAGUAUGUCAAAGGCUUAUUAAUUGGUUGUAUGUUCAUGGUUUUCCAGCAAUUCUCCGGAAUUAAUGGAAUUCUCACAAAUCUUAAAACAUUAUUCAACAAAGCUGGUGUUAAAGUCAACCAAGGCAUUGCUUCAGCUAUUUCAAGUAGUGCCCAAGUUAUUACAAUUUUCAUUUCUUCAUUCUUUGUUGAAAAGUUCGGAAGAAAGCCAGCAUGGUGCAUCAGUGCUGGUGGUGUUGUUAUUUUCCUUCUUCUUUAUGGAUUUUCCGUCAAAUAUAACUUUGGCUACGUCACUCCUGUUGCAGCCAUUUUUGGAUUUUUGUUCUUCUAUGGACUUGGAACAGGUCCUAUUGCAUGGUACAUUGUUCCAGAACUCUUUGAAGCAGAUGUUAGAUCAGCAGCAACAAGUAUUGCUUCUUCUGUUAACUGGAUCAGCUCUUUUGUUGUCAUUCAAAUCUUCUCAUCUUUAGAUGAAGCAAUUGGCACUUUGCUAACUGUUGUUAUCUUUGCAAUUAUUUCUUCUCUUUCACUUGUAUUUGGUAUCUUCUGUAUCUAUGAACCAAAUAGAAAAAAUUAUUGCCUUCGCUUUAAUUUAGUUUACAACAGCAAUAACGCUGAUGCUUAA